GUCUCCACACUCGGGGCAAGAUGAGUGAUCGUCACCGCUGCGUGACCGCGUCUCCUCGCGACCACCACCAACAUCACCACCAUCCAACAACGAAGAGACGCGAUGUUUAAACAAGUUCCUGCCGUCAUGUCCACCACGCCGAGCGCAGAGGCGUUGGACGCGGACGAGACCGAGGGGUGGACCGCUCUGCCCGACGCGGCUUUGCGGCGAGGCGACGCGCUUGCUCGGCACGGCCGUCUCGACGAGGCCCUGGACGCGUACGCAGCGGCACGUCGCUUGGGUCUUGCGCUGAGCGGCGAGCGCCUGUUCGCCCUGGCAAGGCUCAUGGCCGUGCGCCUUCGUGUCAACAUCAACAACAACAGCAGCAGCAGCAGCAGCAGCUACCACAGCGGGGAGGCAAGCCGGAGAACGAAUCUUGCGCCGUCGGGGAAGCGAGGAGAGGCGGGCACGGCAGGGGCGGUGGGGGGCGUUCGCAUGGUCGGGGUCUGGGUCUCUUGUGAGAUCUGGGUCUCUUGUGAGAUCUGGGUCUCUUGUGAGAUCUGGGUCUCUUGUGAGAUCUGGGUCUCUUGUGAGAUCUGGGUCUCUUGUGAGAUCUGGGUCUCUUGUGAGAUCUGGGUCGGGGUCUGCGGGCUUUGCUGGGUGCCCGGGGUCUGCGUCUCUUGUGGGAUUUGGGUCGGGAUCUGCGUCUCUUGUAGACCCGGUGGCUUGGGGGGAGCUGCGCGCUCUGGGUUGGGGUCAGAAACGAUGUCUGCAGGAGGAGCAGCGGCCGCCUCUGUGUCGGGCCUUUUCGACUGCUGCUUGUGUCGCUUCUGGCUGUCGGAGCCCGUGACCCUGAGCUGCGGCCACAGCUGCUGCAGGAGCUGCGCCGAGCCGCGGGUGGCCGGGGCCGCGUUUGACGAAGCCGCAUCAUCCCGACAACUCGCAGUGGAGGCGUGCGGGACAUGCGGGGCCGUGUCCGCCUGUGCGCCUGGGACGCCGGUCCGUGUGGACGUGCUGCUGGGCGGUCUGCUCGCCAAGUGGUUCCCACGAAGGGCAGAGGCGGCGCAGGUCCGCGUGGAGGCUGCGCGGCUCUUCGCCGUCGGCAAUGAGCUGCGAACGACGCUGGGGAUGUGUGAGCGGGCACUCGCACUCGUUCCAGGUGACGUGGGAGCGCUGGUCAUGGGGUCGAGGGUUCGCUUGGAGAUGGGAGACCCAACUGGCGCUCUCCGUGACGCAGAGCAGGCUUGCCGAGCACAGCCACACAAUGCACAGGCCGUGGUGGCGAGGGGCUGGAGUCUACUGGCACUGGGCCGGCAGGAGGAGGCAGUGGGGGCGCUUCUAAGAGGCCUCGCGCUCGAUGCUACCCAAGAGGCAGCCGCUCGUGCCAUCGGCGAGAUCCUCUCUGAAUGGCUAAGCCCGGUUCCGGAGCAGGUUGGCGUGGCAAGCAGGAGCCUCAAGAGUGGGACCUUCCUUCAGUCACUAGGCAACCAGCCAGUCAAUCAUUGUACAGAGGGUCAGGUAGAAGUUCAUAAGAAGCGGAAGCACUCGGCCUCUGACUCGGACUGCGAUGGAGAGGGUCAACCACCACAUCCAGACUCAGCUGAAUGUGAUUAUAUCAGCGAGGUACGCAGGCAUCGUAUCGACCCAUCGGACCUGGAAUGCUCUCUUUGUAUGAGGCUGCUGUGGGAGCCCGUGACGACACCGUGCGGCCACACGUUCUGCACCGCCUGCCUUGAGCGUAGCCUCGACCACCGGCAUCAGUGCCCACUCUGCAAGGAGGGGCUCGUGGAGUUUUUGGCGCGUGCCGUGUUCACCCGCAACUCAUGCCUGGAAGGGGUGAUGGUUCACUUCCUGGCCGAGGAGAGGCGAGAGAGAGAGCGACAGAAUGCGGAGGAGCGGAAGGAGAUGGCCGGUGAGGUGCCGAUAUUUGUGUGCACCGUGGCAUUCCCGUGGGUGCCGUGCCCCCUGCACGUGUUUGAGGCGCGCUACCGCCUCAUGCUGCGCCGCUGCAUCCGUGAUGGAACUCGCUCGUUCGGCAUGUGCGCCUGGGACCAGCAGCACGGGUUCGCGGAUGUGGGCUGCAUGCUGGAGGUGCGAGGUGUGCACCUGUAUCCAGACGGCCGCUCCCUCGUGAGCGCCGUGGGCGGACGUCGCUUCCAGGUCACGGAGAGGUCAGCCCGGGAUGGCUACAGCACGGCACGCGUGGCUCUGCUGCAUGAUACGCCGGUGCAGGGUGAUGCAGUGCGGGAGCUGUGCCGCCUCCAUGAAGUGGUUCGCACCUGUGCCGAGCGCUGGUUCUCAAAGUUGGAGCCCCGAUACCACGGACGCAUCAGCCAGCACUUCGGGGACAUGCCGCAGACAGAGCCAGACAUCCAGACUAGGCCAGACGGGCCAGCUUGGCUAUGGUGGCUCAUUGCGGUGCUGCCGCUGGAGCCGCGUGUGCAGCUGGGGCUGCUAGGCCUCACGUCCCUGCCGGCGCGCCUCGCGGCCGUUGCACAGCUCUUGGCGUAUACGGUGCGCACGCACGCACCGCAAUCGCUACAGCCAUCGCUACCACAACGACAGCCACGCCAGCAGCAGCAACAACCAAGCCAUCAGCAGCAACAACCAAGCCAUCAGCAACAACUGCAGCAGCAACCAAGCCAGCAACAACCAGAGCAGCUGCAGCAACAAGCGUUGCAGCAACAGCCAAACCAGCAUCAGCCAAGUGGACAACCGCUACAAAUGCUAGAGCCACUGAGCCAGCUUCAAUUUAGUCCGCGAGGGCACCAGCAGGAGCACCAUAAUCGGCAACAACCGUGUCCAUCACAGCAGCAGCCGCCGUGCCAGCAGCAGCAACACCAACACCGGUCACAGCCACAGGGACAGCAGCACCCACAGAAGCAACAACCACACACAGAACCGCAUCACCAGCAGCAGGCGCAGGCAGAUGUUAUGGGAACACCAAGGCUCCAAGGGGAACCCAGCAUUGCUAUGGAGGAGCAACCAACAGCGUCACCAUGGGUGGCAGCGACACAGCAAACACACGUACAGCCGUGGGGCCGGCCCGGUAAACAGCCGCAGGGGAUACAGCCAAAUUCUCCGGCACGGUCUGAUAGUCACCCACAGCAACAGGCAAAGCCCCGUGUGUGCAUACCACCCGAACUGUCAGAGCAACUGACAAAGCGACUGCACACACAACAGCACCCCCUGGACGCCACGAUGUGCACAACUGCACACACAACCAAACUCUCCUCAAAAACAGCCGCACAGUCAAAUACACUCACAACCUCAUGCACGGCCGCACACCUGACCAUGCAAAUGGUCGCACACUCAACCCCGCACAUGACCUCACAGUCUACUGUACAGGCAAUAAGCGAUGCAAAUCCGCAUACGACUGCAACUGCCUGUGCAGUCGCGCGCUCAACUAGUAAUGCAGCUGCACGCGCAACUGCUUAUGCAACGGCACACACAACAGUGCACGCGAAAACCUAUGCAGUUGCUUACACAAAAGUACAAAUAGCAGAAGCAAUGGCACACACAGCAGAGAGUGCACGUUCGACAUCGCACUCAGAUGCAAACUCAGUUGGACACACAGUGAUGCGCGCAGAGGGGCAGGCGAUGGUGUGCCCAGCAACACAAGUAGUUGAACACAAAAGCACAACCAAACACACAGUGACACACAGACCUACACCAACAGCCGAGAACACACAAACCAUGAGACACAAAGCCACACAUACGAUGGCACACAUGGAUACAACCGCCAUCAACAACCACCAAGUGGAUAUACACACAAUUGGACAUGCAACUUCUCAUCCGUCAUCCCACCCAACGGUCCACAUGUACGCGACAUCGCAUACAGACACGCCCACAGAUGCCCACACAGUUGGGCACACAUUUGUGCACACAGCCACAAACACAACACACACAACGGCACACACAAUUGGAAUUCCAGCCACACACCCAACAGCUGGUACAUGCGGACAAACGACUGCGCAAUCAACAUCCAAAUGCACAACAGCCGCCACCCACACUCAUGGAGCAGAAAGAGGUGGUUGUACAGGUGGACAUGAAAAAAGUGAGAACCGCAAACCCUCAGGGUCCUAUGGGGUCACAUGCUCCCACGGAGGACGUGGGGCUGCAGGUGGACGUGGGGCUGCAGGUGGACGUGGUGCUGCAGGUGGACGUGGGGCUACAGGUGGACACAGGGCUAGGAGACCGGGACGUGCAGGAUCAGUACGGAGGUGACGUGGAGCCUCCCCUUGGGCAACGCUCAAUUUGAUAUUUCAUUAGACCUCAUUCAGAGUUCUGCGAGAUGUAUGCCAUUGAUCAUGAACGAUCAUGAACUCCGGGAGAAUGGUUUAUUACACUUUUACACUAAGUAGUUGUGGCCUUGCAGGUAAUUUUUUAAGUUGGUAUUUUAAAAUUGCAUACAAUAGCCUAAUCUGUGAGUGCUGUCACAGGAUCUUUAAAGUCCGAUUAACAGCAGGUGGCAUGUUUCGGUCGAUACUACCCAAUGGAAAUUACUGACCGAGCAGCUGUAAGGGAAGUCGAACAAUGAUGCCGCAUUGACUGACACACUGCUAUGGACAAACCAGUCACCCGAUGUGUGUGUGCAGACUUGCAGCACAUCCAGCUGCUUCAUUACACCAUUGUUGCUGCAUUUGUUGCCGAGGUAAGAUAAGGCAGUUUGCUGACAAAUUACUGAUGUAGUUAUUGUCAUUAUACCUUUGGUGUAAUUUUUACUUGAGUAUGCAUUGGUGUUAAUACCGCCUUUUUGUGCACAGCUCUAAGGAGCCUCCUGUAAAAAAAAAGUAUUUAUUGUUGAAAUUAAUUGAUGCAUAUCUGUUAUUUUUGCAGCAAGUAACCAUAAUUUCUAACCUGCCUGCCUUUUCCACUCUAAACAUCCAAGACACUUGUCGUUUAGAUGCUGGUUUAAGGUACAGGUCAUGUCCCUUAAGCCAGUUUAGUGUAAAAAUAUCAGUUUAAACAGUUGUCUUAAUAUAACAUUUAAAAUCAAAUAGACAGUAACAAUGAGAGGAAGCAUUCCCUGAGUAAAAUCGGAUAUGAUCGAUAAAUGACAUGAGCCAGAGUUUAACCAGUCGAGUUUUUCAGUUCAUCUCAUACCUCCCCUACUUCCAAACCACCUGAGAUGGUCAAGUGGCUCGCAGAGCUCAUUUGGCCAUAUCACCCUUGGGCUGGGCAUGGCUGAAUUAGCUCGAUGGCUAUUUUGGAUUACUGGGCUCUAAGAUACUAGACACCCUGCUGAUAUAAAACAGGGUUCGUGUGUGUACGAGUUUUCAUGGUGUCAGUCCAGUUACUAAUGACUGUGCAAAAUAAAAUACAUUGUAUUAUGAAUUUCA